ACGAAGGAAGACCACCACAUCCGCACGAAAAAUCUCCGACGCCACGACGCUCUCUCGCCUCUCCCGGAAUGGAAACGUUCGCGCGGUGGCGUCCACCGCCGCCGCCGGCGGCAGCUGGGCGCGUGUCCCUUCGACCGGCGUACGGGAGGCGGAGCCGGGCCGCCACGGUCUCCCCGCGCGCGUUCGGCGGCGGCGCUGACUUCGACGGCUUCGUGCGGCGGGCGUGGCGGGGCGCCAACGCCGGCGCCGAGCGGCUCGCGUUCGAGGUGCGCCAGACCGCGCAGCGCCUGGACGGGAGGUUCUCGAUAUCGAGGCGCCUGGCCGAGGCCGCGCGCGCCGCCCGCGCGCGCGCCGUCGAGAUCGACGCCGAGCUCGGCAUCGGCCGGCGGUGGCGCUCCUUCUCCGUCGACUUCUCCCGCAACUGGCCCAGGUAUAGGAGGGAGCUGACUGACUUCAUGGCCACACCUAUUGGGAGAGCUUUCACUACGAUCUUUUUCAUUUGGUUUGCACUGUCAGGAUGGCUAUUCAGAGUUUUCAUUUUUGGUACAUUUGUCCUGCCUUUUGCUGCGCCACUUCUCCUUGGGACAUUUGGUAAUCGGGUCGCCAUUGAGGGGACAUGCCCAGCGUGCAAACGGAGGUUUGUGGGUUACCGCAACCAAGUGAUUCGGUGCAUGAAUUGCCAAAACAUAGUGUGGCAGCCAAACAAUAGGUCCUCUGGACGAGCCAGCAGUUCAAGAAGCUCAGGGCCUGAUGUUAUUGAUGUGGAGUUUGAGGAGAAGUAAGAACAUGUUGUUACAACGUGCACCAGCAACUUAGGGAGGGGAAGAAUGAGAAGAUAGGCUGGAAGUUUGUGAUAUGCGGGUUUGUACGUAGUUAUUCGUGCAAUUGUGUGUUGUACAUUAUGUGUUCUUUGAAAUUUGAAUAAAACGAAGCUUCGCCAAAUUAAA